AUGUUCGCGUUAAAGAAUACUCGCAGCCUUUUAGGAAUGAGGGCUCUGCCUUUAAUGGGUGUCAAAGCUCGCUCUUUCCAUUAUUCUAGAACUGCUCUGGCCGUUAAAGAAGUUAUUAGCGCCACCGAUUUUAACAAAGACAUUUCGAAAGAUAAAUUAGCAUUUGUUGAUUUCUAUGCUACUUGGUGUGGUCCAUGCAAAGCUAUGAACCCAUUUAUCGAGAAGUUCUCUGAAACAUAUAAAGACGUGAAGUUCUAUAAGGUGGAUGUUGACAAAUUGACAGAUCUUUCUACAGAAUUUGGUGUUAGCGCUAUGCCUACAUUUGUUUUAAUUAAAGACGGAGACGUGGUGUCAAAAGUCAUAGGAGCCAAUCCAAAUGCGGUCCAUAACUUGUUGAUACGAGCAACAAGAAAUGAAUCCUAA